UUGUCCCAAAACACCCGUGGUAAACGUAACGUUAUUUUUAUAUGAUAGUUUUGGCGAAAAGUCAUUAUAAAAAAUAAAAUUACACCAACAGACCAACAUAAUAUAGCGCCAAUAGUACACACUUGACAGUGUGCAGUAGUCGAAGCCAAGCAAAAAAAAAAAGAAAUGUCUUGAUUGAUCUGUUCAUUACACCGUACCGGGCGAUAUCACACAACUUUGCAAUUUGGCAAGAUGACCGGCUUCAGUCGAGACGGCUGAGAGGUAAGUAUUGAAGCAGUUAACUGUCGUUGUCUACUGGAAGCCUUACAUACUGGAAUACCAACCACUUGUCAAUAAAACUCUCGAAAAAAUUAUAAAAAACCGUAAAAGUCUCGCAUUUCGCUCUUCAACUGGUCUUUGGAACAAAACCCAUUUCGAAACUUAUGGACACCGGACUUGGUUCGGUUUGAUAUGCUAGGAUCUCGUGUCGGCGGUUUUCUCAUGUCUCUGCCGUCACCGUCAGUUGCAAAUGGGUCCGGAAAAGGAGACGAUCAUCAACUGACCGUGGGCUUACCAGCAAACUCCGGCCACGGUGACUCCGACACGGACAUCUCUGACGAAAUGGAUUCGGAAAGUUCGAUGGCGUCCGAUGAGCUACAGGACGAACCAAGCUCCUCGGUGCCAUCGUUCCCUCAAAAUUGCAGUGUUCACUCAUCUAUGAUGUCGCCUCCUCCAAAUAUAACGUUCGAGAGCCAACUACUGGACAUGUCAAUUCGCACAAAUGAUACUUACAGAGUAAAACAAGUUUUAUUCAUGCAUCGAGACAAAUUUAAGAUCGGUUCCAAGGUUCCAAAAAUGCGUUAUAACUUUAGCUCAGAAAAAAACGAAACAGAUUUACCUUCAGAUCGACAGAAUGCUCCUCCCAAAAACGAACGAGUCGAAGAAAACACUUUCUUUCCAGCAAACUCGCCGGUGGACGACCGAUCACAGUUGCCGUUCAAAAAUGCUUUGCACAUAGCCAUCGAGUGUGGGUCGGUGGACGUAGUCCGUGUUUUGCUCGAGAACGGCAUCGACGCCAACGCUAGUGGAUAUGUUCAUUCAAACAUGAAACAAGAGGUCACCGGUGCCACGGUAAAGGGGAUAAGUUCUAGUAGACCUAAGUCUGAUGGCCCGAGUACAAAUUUGACAAGCAACAGAACUCAAACCGUACGGCACGUACUAGAACGUGAGGACGACAUAGACGCAACGGUGCAACCCAUUCCGUGGUCGUCAUUAGCAGUGACAUAUACUGUCGUAGACGAAUGUGACAAAGACAAUCACGCGUGCCAAUCCAACUCGACCGCAUUGCGGCCAAACGAACAAAGCAAAGGAAAACGUAUCAUGCUACGGUUGACGUCAGCUCUUAAAAGGCCUCAGUCGCUGAACGUCGACAAGCCUUUGCACACCGACACCGACAGUUCUGCGGGAACUCGACAGUCCGCGUCUGGAGCCCAAAGGUCAACGGCAAAGGCCGUUCCUGGAUCGUCGUCCGGCAAAAAACCGGUUACCGAACCCAAGGGCAUAAUAAGUGAGCUUCGUCGUAGCAGCGAGGUGUACCGCGCUAUCGUUUGCAACAUGUCCUUCGGGAACAAUGAGCCGGUAGUCAACGAACAGGAGAGCAACAACCUGGACGUGCCUACGUUGUUUGAGCGUCACGAACGCCGCCGGUACGACGAGUAUGAGAUCGAGAAUGGCCGUCUUAAUUUGAUGGAAAAGACGCCGUCACCGGUUCAGUCGAACCAGUCUUUGGCAUCGGUCAACUCCAACAGCUCUCUCGUGUCGGUCGGACAAACAAAGAACGAACCCGACGACGAUGACUACAGCGAGCCCAAGACCAAUUUCAAGAUCAACAACGAUAUCAUAUCGUCGGACCAAAUCCACGACAUGAACGCCAUGUACACCAAAAGCUACCUGAUCACGUUGCCGCCAAUAUACUCGGCCAUCGUCCGCCGAAAUUCCACCGUGGUCUACAUGUUGCUCAAGCACGGCGCAUCGCCAAACUUCCAGGACGCAUUUGGUAACACUCCGUUGCAUGUUGCCGUCAUACAACCCGACAUAUCGUGGAACUGCGUGUUGGACCUGAUCGAGUUUGGCGCCCAAAUUUGCCUAAAAAAUAACAACGAUAUCAGCCCGUCGGAUAUAGUGGAAUCACUGAUACACAUCCAAGUGUACGUUGUCCAGGACUGCUGGAAGAGACUAUCCACUUCGAAUGCUACCAAAGCAGAAGCUUUGCGACGACGUUCAGAAAACUAUCCGACUUUUGGCAACGGUGAGCAAACUAAAUUGGCUGAAUCGUCCACUUUGCAUUCGAGAAUAUUAAAGAAAAUACGGUUUGCCCAAACGGAAAACGUGAAUGGAAUGAACGGCAAUAAUAAAGGGCAUUCAGAAUCAAUGUGGUCGCUCAAGAGCAUUUUGAGCCCAGACGUGGAGGACGGAGGGCGUACCCGGCGAUUGUCACAGACUAUCAAGGUUAAGCAAGGGAAAAAAAAUGCCAAAUAUAACGGAUUUAAACUAAAGAAUACGAUAGACACGACAUACGCUAUAGAUAAGAAAUUUCAAAUAAUGUCGCAUAUGGCGGGAAAUUUGGAAUGCCUUGGUUUUAUUUUAUAUGGCUUUAAGACACACAUCACAAGUGUCUUAAAACAAAUCAACAUUACUAAAACGUGGCCGCAUAUUAGUACGAUGUUGAAAAAAAUAUUAAUAUUGUCGGUCAAUGAAUAUGCUGAACGUGGGAAAAAAGAAGAACUAGCUGUAAUACUAUGUACAGUAAUCAAAGUGUGUUUGAAGGUAUUGCACGGAGUACCUCGUGUGCAGUUUUCUGCAAUGUCAAUAAUCAAUCGGACAAUCGACAUUGCCAUUCAGUACCGAGUCGCGUAUUUAGAAGUAGACGAAUGCAAUUUCUUACACCACCCUCACUACAUUGCAACCAUGAAAUCUUGGAACAAAAGAGAACAAUCGAAACAGAGAAAUAAAAAUAUUGCGUCUAUUUUAAAAUCUCUGAUCAGCGACUUGCAGGGUUCGAAAGACGGGAGACCCAGAGCCAAAAACGUUACAGAAAGCGUACUUGGAAUAUUAUCUAACAUACAUACCUCAACUAUAAUCAAUGUUCUUCACAACUCAUUGACUAUGUACAAAAGAGUCACGGACAGUAAGCAGACGUGUACUCCAAGUCAAAGGUCUAGCCAGUGCAAUUCACAUUGCUUACAAAUUCUAAGUGCACGGACUCUUCUUUUUAUGGCUCUCAACGAAGACGUUCAAUGCAAGUUAGCUGAAGAACCUCAAAUCAAAGUCUUGGCCGCCUCCCUGGAUUCUACUCAUGAUCCGCAUUUAUUGGUUCUGGUGUUGCAAAUAUUUUCAACAAUAGCGUUGCAUCCCAAACACCACAAGAACCUCAUAGAUAAUAAUGUACCAACCGUUUUAAAUCAGCUUCUAUUGCCAUCAGACGAGUGGUACUACAUCAAUCAUAGCGACAAAUACGGUCGAUAUGUGAAGCUCCAUGCAGCCAAAGUAUUAGUCUACUUGGGAUUCUCUAGCCGCAUAAGUUUUUCCAUUUUUGAUAUAUCUCAAGAUUCCCAACUACAACCAAUAUCACACGAGGAACGUUACAUAGUACUAACGUCUAAAGUACCAAGCACUAUUGUAUCAGAGGAAAAGCUUUUAGGGGUGUCUAUUGAAGAAGCCGUUAUCAGUCUGUUAAACGAAAUUGAGGAAUCAUUGAAACAACCCACAACACCACCUGCUGAAACAUACACGCUUCAUUGGGCACUUAGUGGACAAUCAUACAGUCUUCUGGAACAAAACCAAGCAAGGACCGACACCGACGCCGAACCCAAGUACCCAGUAUCCGUACGAUCGCCGCUAUUUGUGCAAAAGUUUUUGGCUUGCUUCGACAGCGUGGUGGAUCCCGUGAUACUGGUCAGACUACUUGCUCACAGGUUUUUUACCACACCCGUGUGCCGUAAGCCCAGUUCCAGCAUAAUAACCUACGCAUCGGUACAAGACCAACUGCCGCCCAGAAACCCCAGGAGUCGAGCUUCGUCCACGGACACAAACGCGAGCACUCGCAAGAGACGAUUCAACCUGAGUUUGGACCAAUUCGAUGGGACCCAGCUUAAAGGCAAAGGCAAACCAAGCAGUUCUCAAAUUUUGCGCCGUCGACGAAGUAGUUCCAGCAGUACAGGAGGCUAUGGCAUCGAACCGGCCGUCCACGCGACUGUAAACGCAUGCUCACACAUAAUGAAACAAGAGCUGUACAGGGAAAGUGUCUUGAGCCCGGAAAUGGAAGGCGAAGAAUACAGGAACUCGUGUGCUUCAUUAGCCUCUGCCAAAAUGCUUCCUAGCGGACACUAUUUUCAGUUACUGCCAAGACGCAGACCGUCAUUGAAAACGACCAACGUUCGCAGUGAUAACGAAAGACGGUCCAAAUCGCAAGCUAAUAUUUCAAGAGCGAAGACAGAUCCCCGACAUACACCGGAACAUGAUGUUUUGGCUUUUCAAAAAGAAUUGCAAAACAUACCAAACCUGGAUUUACCUAACCACGAUCCCAACAGACGGAUUCCGAUGGACUCGACCUUCAAUGGCCCUGCGUCUGAAUUCGUUGCUCUUAACAGACCCCGUUCUAGGUCUAUGCCUCGUGUCACUUUCGAGUCCAGCAGAUACUUGGCUUUGCCCGACUCUUUGCCGUUCGUCAGCCGAUUGCCCAGGGGACGUUCGGCAGGUACCUUAGGAUUUCAGACGGAAUAUCACGGUUCGUGCGGACCAAUGGUGAUAUCCAACCAGACUUCUGUAGCCUUACCGGGUUACCCGAUAAACGUCAGCAACGACCCACCGAUUUUUGAGUCUGGCAACGUCGCCGGAAAUGUUAACGUUGCUUGUGGUUCCGGUGCAGUGUUGUCUGGUUCCGGAAAUACUUACAGCAGCAGAAGGAGUUCGAUGUCGCCGAGUGACCGGUCGAAGGGAAGAGACAGCGUGGCUUUUGCCACCGUCAUAACUACCGCGCACAAAAGCAUAUUUAUUUUGUUAGAGAAUUGGCUGAGAUCAACUAAAAUUGAAUUGCACAGCAAACAUCCGAUGUGCGUUGAACUGCGUGAUUUAAUGCGGAAUGUCAAUAUAAUCGGUGGCGAAUACGCUCAAUGGUACACUGAUAUCACCACCGAGUUCAAAGAACUUUCUAUCGAAAUUGACAAAAAAGAAGACGAAGUAUUGACCACAAACAAAGAGUACGCGACGUUCCACAAAGCCAUAGUGAGCGGAAAGUUUUGUCUGUCCUGCGAUGAAGCCGUCGAGCUGGCUAAAGCGCAGUUCAAAAUCGAGAAGUUCUUAGACAAACACAAUCCCGAGGACAGCAUGGCCGAUCAAAGCCCUGUAGAGUCCCUAAUGGACGGAUGCGGUCCCAGUUUCGCUCUUCGUCCUAUAUCAGAGGAUAGGGAACAGCAGGUGCAGCCCGAGGUGCCCGAGGUGUGGUCGCCGGUGUCUUUGUCGCCGCCGCCAUCGUUGGACCUAAGUGACUCUUUCUCCAACACCAGACCGGUUAGCAUCAUCAGGCGAUCCAUUCGGUCGGCACGAGACUGUUUCGAGGACCUUUACGUGAGACAUCCCAGUCCCGAGUCGGAACACGAUGCUUAUGAUUUAGCUGGCAAGAUGCAUAUGUACGUCCCUUCGGAGUUCAGCAACCCUCAGGUCGUGGCCAAACUCGGCAAGGAACUAAAGAAAAUAUUGAGUCAGACGUUUUUCUCCGAAACGGAGCAAGAACUGAAACAAAACUACGUGAACCUAUGCAAACAACUACCAUCGUACGCCACCAGACUUUACAAAGUCAAGGAAGUCUCACGGCACCGGACCAACCCCGGUGUAAAGGGUACACGCUUGUUGGGACUAAGCUACGAUAAACUUGUGUUAAUUGACAGUAAGACAAAGGUCGUAAUUAAAUGGCAAAUGACGCAAGAUUUGGUUCAAUGGCAACAACAAUCAAACGUGAAAUUAUAUUUGGAUUUCCGUAAUGCCAAAUGGACGCUGGAGCUGCCAACAGACCGUGCGCUGCGGGAUGUUGGUGUAGUUUUGUUUCAGAUUUUACAAGAAAUUGAUUCCAAUUUUUUGGAACAGUACAGCAUUAUAUCACCGAGUUACCGUAAGAAAUUCACAGAAAAAACAAAAAUUAAACUGGACGAAGAACUUUGUCCAGAGUUUAACGUAUUGCGGCGCAUACUACAUUUUCCGGAAGAAGUUGCGCUGCUUUUGACUAAAAAAGAAAUAGAAUUAUUCUACAGCGUGCCACCAUUGGACUAUCUACGGCAAGUAGCCAUGGAUCAAAAUACCCAGUAUCCAUGUACAACAUCGAUUAAGAUACUCGUGGAUAGAUUCGUAGCCGUAAGUUCUUGGGUGGCACAAUUAAUCCUGACAAUGCGGAAGUACGAACAUCGCAAAGCCAUACUUUCGUGUAUACUUAGGGUGGCAAAAGAAUGUUGGAACAUUGGCAACUUCAAUGGUGCAAUAGAAAUCGUCGCCGGUUUAAGGUCGGAAAAAGUCAGGUCAUUUAUGCAAACUGUAAUGGAAAAGGAAAAAGUGCCAUUUUUGGAUUUCCUUAACGAAACCAUGCUUUUCCCCGCUCGGUACGAGGGCGCUCUGAAAAGAGCGCUUGCCAUGGCCGACUGUCCGGUGGUGCCGUUCUUUGGGACGUUUUUAAGGGAGAUACGACAAGUAAUGCAAGUCAUACCCGAAUCUAUGGUGUUGUCUUCACUGGACAACGCGACCGCUUUACAGCCGGCGGUCAACAACGAAGAUUCAGACAAUUUCUCCACAAUGAUCUCACUGGGUGGCAUCACUAACCUAGACAGGAUGUACAAAGUGCAAGACGUUCUUGACAACUUGUCGAUGAUACAUAAACAUUGUUACGAAAGAAAAAAGAAUGAAAACGUCGUGUCAGACUCGCAAAAUCUUGAAGAAAAAUCCAAAGGAAGAUACGUUCCCGUACAGGAGUUGGCUUACGAUCAUAACCUGUCGAUGAUUCCUAUAGGAGAUUCUCCUAUGGCUAAAGACUUUACGAUCAGUCAUCACGAUUUACAGAUUAUGCAUCACGGCACCACCGUCGUGCAUUGGGAUGCGGAAUACAGUAACAGGUCCUCUCUGGUCUACCUGCGGUUGGAAAGAAACAACUGGACGCUGUCUUGGGGCAAGAAACCCUGGAGCUCCCUUAGACUUAAUUCGGCCAACAUGCCGGAUUACUCACUGAGCGUCGAUCCGGAAGACAAUGUGCCCAACUCAAUUAUGAACCGACAGUCUGCCGAUUGUCCGUCGUCGAAGAGCCUGAAUGAGGGGUAUUUGGAUCUAUCGGCCGUCAAAGAUAUUUUCAUAGCAGACUCAGCCGGCCGAGAGCGGAUCAAGGAGUGUUUGAAUAUUAUGAGAAAAUUUAAUUUACAAAAUUAUGAGAUAUCCGAAUGUUGUAUUUGUAUUGUACACGGAAACAACACAGGGGAAAAUCGCAUGUUAUACUUGUUGGCACCGAAAACAGUACUAAGCUUGUGGCUCGAGGGACUUACGAAAAUCGUUAAUAGAGUCCGAGAAGUGAUGCGCGAGGAAGACCAAUACAGGAUAUGUCUUAUGAAGAUUUAUGUACUGCAAUAUGUGAAAUCAAAAGGUCUAGGACCACUACCAUCUGACGCUAUCAAAUUACUUGGUGGAAGAGACUGGAUGGUCAGCGGAAACGGCAGCGGUCAACCGGAAAUGAGCUUGGCCAAGCGGGCCGCUUCUAUUCGGUUCCGAAAGAAAAAAUCCAUAAUCAGCAUUCCCAAUGACAGGCUUUUACCUUGUAAUGUGAACGAAUUGGUCAGCCGGUCUCGGUUAGACUUGACCAACAGCGGCGAAAACCACCGACAAGAUAACGACGAUAUCCAUGCCAUCAAACCGGACCAUUCUGAGAACCCUAUUGAUCGUGUCCAGCAUGAUAAAUUACUGAGCUUCGAAGAUUUCUUGCUGCUUUUCGAAUGUUUCAGACUGCGUAUACGGAUGGAUUUAAAAAUCCUAUUUGAUCAGAUUCGAAAUGAGGAAAACAGUUCGUCUAACCGAGACUCGGGAGAGAAUGAAACCGAAAACAAUCAACCGCCACGUCCAAGAACGUUGUCGGCGCCAGCUCAAGUAGCAGACAUUUUGAAUAGCAUCAAGUCGAAAAAACGGAAUUCUCAGAGUGUAAUAGCUUCUCAAAAGCAAGUUUUCGACGCCAUCGCUACAUCAAGCAUAGUGUCAAAUUGUGCGGGAGUGGAGACUUCCACUUUGGCGUCCACGUGGUCGGCAAGUCUGUUAGCAAAGUUCAUAACAAAUAAACAAAAGACGGAUUGCACGGAAUCGGAAGCUCGCGAAAUUAUACAGCGAUUCGAACCGGAUUCCGAAAUUCGCAGUCAUGAUUGUAUGUCAUUCGAGGGGUUCGCCAAAUAUAUUAUGGAUCGGGAGAACAGUGCGUUCGACGAACAAAAGUCCACUGUAAAUGAUGCCGAUAUGGAUUUCCCAUUAUCGUGCUAUUAUAUAGCGUCAUCGCACAAUACUUACCUGGAGGGCAAUCAACUCAAAGGAGAAUCUUCUGUGGACAUCUACAGCCAUAUUUUGCUGUCCGGAUGCCGGUGUGUGGAGCUAGACUGCUGGGACUGUGGUGGCGAUUAUCCGACCAUCACUCACGGGCGUACGUUCACUUCGAAAAUACCGUUCAUCGCGGUCGUGCACGCUAUUAACAAAUCAGCAUUCGUCACUUCCCCAUAUCCCGUCAUACUGUCUAUAGAAAACCAUUGUUCAAAAGCUCAACAAACCAAGAUGGCUCAAGUAUUCCGGGAAGUUUUUGGAGAUAAGCUCGUGACGGGCUUCAUGUUUGACUCGGACUACACACCACAGUUGCCGUCUCCUAAUCAACUGAAAUAUAAAAUCCUAAUAAAGAACAAAAAGAUACAACCGAAAAACAACAACAAUCAGUCAAAAAGUUCGGAUCAUUCGACACAUAGAAGCAGUUCGACCAGCACGGGCACAGAUGAAGUCAUCCCCGGGAUCGAUGACGAGGAAGAUGAUGAUGACGACGACGGUUACGAAGACGAAGAGGUGAAACUGGAAAGACCAAAUGACAUGACUAAUUGGUUUAGUCUAAAAUUCAAGACGAGCGAUAAACGUACAGAAAAAGUCGAACAGAAACAUAAAAAAAAUAAUAGAAUAAUAUCAAAAGACUUGUCCGAUAUAAUCAUUUACGUUCAGGCAGUCAGAUUUAACACGUUUGUACCUCUCAGUCCACGGAGUUCGGUGAGGAGAAAUCGGUCAAAUAGCGAAUCUAAUGACGGUGGCGUGGGCAACGACAAUUCCGCACAUCGUUCCGGCUUGAAUAUGCAUCAUCCGUGCUUCAAGUGCACGUCAAUCCACGAACUUCGGUGUCGAAAAGUGGUUAAAACAAAGCCACUGGACGCACUUGGACAUUCUGAGAGGCAGUUGGUACGAGUGUACCCAUCGAGCAUUAGGAUGGACUCGUCUAACUUCAACCCGUUGACAUUCUGGUUGACCGGUAUCCAGAUGGUAGCUCUCAAUUACCAGAAGGAUGAAACGACCGGCAUGCACUUGAACACUGCUAUGUUCGAACAAAAUGGCGGUUGUGGGUACGUAUUGAAGCCGGAGAUGAUGCACGACCCGGCCCAUAACAUGUUUCGCAAGUAUAACCCUUUCGCAAAGGGGUUCUGUGGAACGCACACUAUUCAACUACACUUGAACAUCGUAUCUGGCCAAUAUGUAUCGCCGGCCGGCGAGUACCGUUCCAACGUGUACGUGGAAGUAAUGAUUAUCGGUAUACCUAACGACGAAAGUAAGAAAAAAACCCAAACAGUAAGUAACAACUCAGUGAACCCAAUGUGGAACGAAGAAUUCUCAUUCCGCGUACUCUUCGACGAGCUAGCAUUCGUCCGGUUCGUCGUGUAUGAUGCCAGCUCCAAUCAUCCUCUCUGUCAGCGCAUUGUACCUCUCAAAUGCCUCCGGUUAGGGUACCGACACCUUUACAUGCGCGAUAUGCAUAACCGACCUUUGCCGUUGGCCAAGCUGUUCAUCCAUACCCACAUCGAUGAGUUGUCUCCAGACGUAAACACAUCCGACAACGUAGAAUCUGCGAAAAGCGAUUCAACACGCAAAAAUGACUGUGUGGAACACAUCAGAAAGAAUUUCCCAUUGGAGAUUUACGGUGUUGUAUCCGAAGGGUAUACCGAUUUUCAAGUUACACCCGAGAGUACGGUGAAGGAUAUACUCUGCAUGGCUCUUGAAAAAUUGGACGAGCCCAUCAAAGAUCUCAAGAGGUAUGUACUAAUUGAAGAGGUGAAAUGUGACAUGAUUCCGCAAGACAUGUUGGCCGAGAGUUGUGUGGAAAUCAACAUGAAACGUGGAACCUACACGACUAAAGUCUUAAAAAAGUCCAGAGGCAUUAGCAAGUUCCUUAGAAGGAAGAACAAGAAGAAUAGCCGCAAGUUUUGGAGAAGCGUUAACGCUGAAAUUAUUCGACGAGUAAUGGAAGAUAACGAACAUCCACUGGCGUUACAAGCCCAAAGAAAAGGGAACUUUGUAUUGAAGAGAAUUGGGGACGAUCCAAGCUGCCGUGCUUGGAUUACCGUAUUGCAAGCUAUGAAUCGCACGAGCCGGUCAUGGGACGAAGCAGCCACCUUUAUGGUAUGUAUAUACAAUGUGGCCGACGAUAUUCCAUAUGCCAUGAUAAAAGUCCCUCUAGGAUCGACCACGCAAGACGUACUGGCCAAAGUGCUAGUCAAGGUUAGACGUAUGGAUGAUGACCCGGCCAAUUUUAUUCUUGUCGAAGAAUUAAUGCACAACAGUUCGGAUAUAAGAUACAGAGUAUUAGACGACGACGAGGACGUGGCUUUCACCAUGUACCAUUGGUUCGGUCCAGGCCGAUUGGUCAUGGAAGAGCGGGAGCUGGAAAGGACAGAGAGCGACAGCGAGGGAUUGAUCACAAGAACAUCGGAAACAGUUAACAGUUUGUCAGAUAAACUAGGUCUGUCCGCAGCCAUAGCGGCCGUUGGUCGCGGGUGGCGCGCCUGUGGCCUACCAACACUGCCGGGUUGCUGUCUUCGGCCGGAAAACUGCCGCGCAGAGGUUAUCGAAAAGGCAGCUAAGGACCAUCAAAAACUGAUGAUGGAUCGGUUAAUACUACAGGAAAAUGAUGACGGCGACGGUGGGGGCUUAGAGCGAGCCGGUGACUCUGAUAGCUCUGGUGGACGGUUUUCAAUAUCUUCAUCCCAGUUUUGGAGAUACUGGAACAGAUGUUGGUGUCUGAGAAGAAUUCCUAGAGAGCCCUCCAUUAUCGGCACUAUGGUCUGAGUUACCGUUAAUCUUCCUUCGCCGUUACCACUUUCUUUAUUUAAUUAUUAUUAUUACGGUUAUUAAUUAUUAUCAUUAUAAUUCCUUGUACCCAGAAUUUAUAUCAUUACAUUUUCUUAAGGUAGGUAUUCUCUAUAUAUGUACAUAGAAAUAUAUACAGAUACAUGCAUAUAAUAUCAUAUAUAUAUAAUAAACACACAGAGAAGUUUAAUCCGUUUUAAAAAUAUUGAUCACCAUUGUUCCUGUCGUUAAAUCAAUGACAGUUUGGAAAUUUGUUUUCAUUUGCUUUAACGAUAAUUACGUAAUUUUAGAUAUUAUUUUUUUCUAUAAAAAAUAUUACACGUUUUUCGAACAGCUCCCAAUGAUCCACUGUAGUGGAUCUGCUUGAUCUAUAGCAUAUCGACUCCCCUCCCGAUCAAUCCUAUAUUAUUAAAAACCAAAAAAAAAAAGACACCAAUCUAGUCAUUUUAUUGAUACGACUAAACAUAAUACUAUUAUUAGUUGUACUCGAAUUUUUAUCAUUGUUUCUAUUUGUAUUUGUUUAUUAGUGUUGUACUAGCAUUAUAACCGUAUAUUUAUUUAUUUUCAUCAAUGAUUAUGGAAUAACAUAUAUUUUUCAAAAUAGACCUACAUUAUCAUUACCAUUAUAUUUAAUCUAAAGAUUUCCUCACGAGAUUCUCUAUAUUUACCUAAUAAUAUACACAAUGUAUGUA